AUGGCCAUCCAGCUGCCUCAAGAGGAGCUGGGCACAGCUAUAGGAGUUCUCGUCUACUCCUUGUUCUGCAUCGCAUGCAGUUGUACCAUGGGAUGGCUGACCUAUGUCCAUCGUGAGGCUAUCAGCUAUGUCGCACUUGUGUCAUAUUUCACGGGCCUCUCCACAGCCGCCUCCGUGGCCCAACAGCUUCACACGAUUGUGUACUGGAGGGAUAUCAAGAAUGCGCAGUUUCGGCACUCUAUCGCCAACGUUGGCAAUCCUGAACUCGCCAUCGCCGGACAGUCGACCGGUCUUGACCUCGUACUCUUCUACAUUCAGUUUUACAGCUACAAUGUCGAGGCGGCCUUGACCUUCUUCUGGUCCAUCGCGCUCACGCAAUCCAUCUUCCAACUUGAGCCGGUGAAGUCUACACGAAAGCGAGCCAACUACAUCGCCAAAGGCACCGCCGUUCUGCUGCCCGCCUUGCUAAUGGGCAUUCUCCGACUCGAGGCGGUUCAAAAGCAAGCAGUGCCUUUUCUCUUUCUGGCGGAUGGAGUCAUGGGCUUUUGUCUUAGCGGGAGUGGUGUUCUUCUCAUCGUCAUCUUGGUCAAGUACAUCCACACGCGCCGCAACCUCUUAUCAUGGAACGUCCGCUAUGGCCAACGUUCGGCCAGCACCAAGAGUAGCGACACUCUAGCGGUCGACACUAGUAACGGGAAACGCCGCCAGAGUAUAUACGACAGAUGGCUCGUCGUUCGAUUCAGCAUCGCCUUUGUGGCAUUAGCGUGA